AUGUACCGAGAAGGAAGACGAGAAGGCGCAGGACGCGAGUUCGAUGCGAACGGGUAUUUGGUGUAUGAGGGAACGGCGGACGAGAACGGGUUUUACGGAAAGGGAGUGCUGUACUAUCCAGGAAGCGGGAUUCGCUACGACGGGGAGUUCCUGCACGGGAAAUUCAGCGGGUAUGGACAGCUCUACAACAAGGAAGGCGACCUGCUCUACAUCGGAGAGUUCCAGAACGGACUUUUCGAGGGCGAAGGGAAGGAGUACACGCAGAACACAAUCCUCCUCUACGCGGGGGCGUUUCAUCAAGGCCUGCGGCAUGGCCGCGGGAAACUCUUCUUCUCCGAGGGCCACUUCUACGAAGGGAGCUUCGCGAACGGGGAGCUCACGGGGACGGGCCGCAUGGUGUGGGCCGACGGCCAAUCCUACGAGGGGGCGUUUCAAAACGGAAGGAAGGAGGGAGAGGGAGUGUUCGUCUGGAGCGAUUCCUCGCGGUACGAGGGCCAUUUCGCGCGGGAUCAGCGCGAGGGGUUCGGGAAGCAGUUCGAUUCCCGCGGGAAAUUGGUGUAUGAGGGGGAAUGGCGGGAAGGCCUGGCGAGCGGGACGGGGAAGCUGUUUUUCUCGUCGGGAAGCGUGUAUGAUGGGGAGGUGGUGUGCGGGAAGCGGUCAGGGAAGGGAAAGCAGCUGAGUGAAGACGGAAAGGUGGAGUAUGAGGGAGAUUGGAAGGAUGAUGUGCCGCAUGGCUUCGGAACGUACUAUUAUGUGGAGGGAAAUGUCUACACGGGGCAGUGGGUGAAUGGAGAGAAGGAAGGAACGGGAAGAAUGAACUACACAGACGGCUCGUACUACAUUGGAUGUUUUAAGGGCGGCGUUCGGUCCGGAAAGGGAUGUAUCGUUAGCAAGCAGGGGAAGAUUUUGAAGGAGUAUCUGAAGUAG